GCACGUGAGGUCUGAGGGCACAAGGGAAGUGGCGGUCGUGGUGGGGGCGGGGGGCGUGCAGGUGAUCUGUCCGCCCCGAGAGAGCGGGCAUGGCCGAGUCCCGGAAGCGUCGGGAGCUGCUGCCCCUGAUCUACCAACAUCUGCUGAAGGAUGGCUACGUGCGCUCAGCGCGGGAACUGAAGGAGCAGAGCGGCCAGAAAAACUUCCCAGCUCAGCCUAUAACCCUUCUGGACAUCUAUACACACUGGCAACAAACCUCGACAGUUGGCCAGAAGCUCAAGGCUGAGAGCGAUGCAGCACUGGAGGCCAAGAAGGCUCGGGUGUCGGACCCCGUCAGCAGCUCAGAGAGUUCAGAAGAGGAAGAGGAGGAGGCAGAUGCCCAGGCCACAAAAGCCACCCCAAGACUAACUCCAAGCAAUUCCUCAGUCACAGGAGCAGCUUUGCCAUCAAACUCAAAAGAAAAGGCCAAGGCACAGCCCAAGAAAGCCAGCCAGGUGGUGAAUUCCACAGCACACCCUGUUUCCAGGAAAGCCCCCACAGUAUCGGCCAGCCCCUCAGCAAAUGCCACCUUGGUCUCAAAAGUUGAAAAGGGCAGUGUGCAAGCACCGGGACCCACUGGCAAGCUUGGAGUGGCAUCCACAGGCCAGGCGGACACCUCCAGCGAGGACAGCUCCAGCGAUGAGACAGAUGUGGAGAUGAAACCCCCCGUCAAGCCCCCUCAGGUGAAAGCCUUACCCACACCUGCCAAGGAAUCUUCAGGGCAAAAGAGAGCCCUGACCCCUGGGAAGGCAGAAACAAUACCCCAAAAAGGUGCCCUGGCUGCAGUUGGCAGCACCAAGAAGCCAGAAGACUCAGAGGACAGUGAAGACGAGUCUGAGAGUGAGGAGGAGGCCCCCGUGAGGACUCCUCUCCAGGCGAAGGCUGUGGAGAAAGCUGCCCAGGUUGGAGCUGCCUCAAGUCCUGCCAAGGGCACCCCUGGGAAAAGGGCCACCCCAGCACUCCCUGGGAAGGCAAGACCUUCACCCACACAGGCCCAGGCAGAGAAGCCCAAGGAGGACUCAGAGAGCAGCAGUGAGGAAACAUCUAACAGUGAGGAAGAGACCCCAGCUGCCAGGACCCCAGUGCAGGUGACACCUGCUGGGAAGAACCCCCAGGUCAGGGCUGCCUCGGCCCCCACCAAGGAAUCCCCAAGGAAAGGGGGUCCCCCAACCCUCUCUAGCAAGACAGGGCCCACGGCUGCCCAGGUUAAAGCUCAGGCUGGGAAGCAGGAGGACUCAGAAAGCAGCAGUGAGGAGUCCUCAUCAGACAGUGAGGAAGAGACCCCAGCUGCCAAGACCCCACCUCAGGGGAAGCCUUCAGGGAAGAUCACCCAGGUGAAGGCUGCUUCAGCUCCCGCCAAGGACUCCCCCAGGAAAGAUACCCCUCCACUGCCCCCAAGCAGGACAGGGCCCACUGCCACCCAGGUCAAGGCCCAGGCAGGGAAGCAGGAGGACUCAGAGAGCAGCAGUGAGGAGGAGUCAGAGAGUGAAGAGGAGGCCCCGGUGGUGGUGAACCCAGCUCAGGCCAAGUCCUCGGGGAAAGUUCUCCAGGUCAAACUCACCUCAAGUCCUGCCAAGAGGCCCCCUCAAAAUACAGGGUCUGUCGUCUCCCAGGUCAAGGCAAAAAGAGCCAAGGAGGACUCAGACAGCAGCACAGAGUUGUCAGACAGUGAGGAAGAGGACUCCACAGCUCAGGUGAAGUCAGUGGGGAAAAGUCCACCUGUGAAAGCUGCCCCAUCAGUCGCCACAGGGUCCUCGAAGUCAGGCUCCACCCCGCCACUCCCUGGGAAGGGGCCUGCUGUGACCCAGGUCAAAACCGAGACUCAUCAGGACUCGAGCAGCGAGGAAGAAUCGGACAGUGAGGAUGCCGCCCAGGCUCCAACCCAGGUGAAGACCCCUCAGCCCAAAGCCAGCCCAGUCUCACCCAGAGGGGCCCUACCCAAAGGGGCAGUUUCAACUCCUGGAAAGGUCACUGACAUUGCUCAGGCCAAACAGGGGUCCCAAGACAAGGUGAAAUCACCAGUCAGAACCCCCCAGAACAGCACUGUCUCCGUGCAAGGCCAGACGUCAGGGCCAGCUACUGGGAAGGCAGCGGAGGAGGACUCAGAGAGCAGUGAGGAGGACUCAGAUGCGGAGGGAACAGCCCCCACUCAGGCAAAGCCCUCAGGGAAGGCCCCCCAGGUCAGAAGUGUCCCAGCCCCUGCCAAGGUGUCCCCCCAAAAAGGGGCCAACCCACCGCUCGCUAUGAAAACGGGCCCCACCGCUGCCCAGGGUGGGAAGCCAGAGGAAGACUCCACUGAGAGCAGCAGUGAGGAGGAGUCAGACAGCGAAGGAGAGGCACAGACCCUCCUGACCCCAGCCCAGAAGACUAAUUCUACAACACCCAAAAGCAAGACGCAGACCCCAGCAGCUACAGAGAAAACCACAGCGGGUUCCUUAGAAAAUAGCCACAAGGAGCUGCUGGAGAACCAGGUGAUUAAAACCCCUCUGAUUUUUGUCGACCCUAAUCGCAGUCCUGCUGGCCCGGCGGCCACCCCUGCGAGAGCCCAGGCUGCAAGUGCUGCAAGGAAGGCCCGGGCCUCGGAGAGCACAGCCCAGAGCUCCUCCUCGGAGAGCGAGGAUGAGGAUGUGAUCCCUGCCACGCAGUGCUCCACACCCGCCUUUAGAACCAGCCUGGGGCCCGUGCCCACCAGCCUCCAAGCCAGCAGCGUUCAGGCCAACAGCAGUGCAUCACCCAGCCAGGCAUCCAGAAGCAGGAAGCGGGAGGCACCAGCCACUCAGGUGACAAAGAGGACUCCAGCCAACCUCCCACUGACCCAGGCCGCCCUGAAGGUCCUUGCCCAGAAUGCCAGUGAGGCCCAUCCUACUGCUGCCAGGACCCUGUCUUCAACUGGGAUAAGCAGUGCUCUCAGAACACACCCUGUAACAAGUCCCCAGAGCACCCCCCUGCUGGCCCAUGCAACCAACAAGCUAAAGAAGCCUGAGAUUGCCCAGCAGACCACGGCCACUCCCUCGGGCUACCAUAAGGCCAAGGUCACAGGGACCUCGGAUGAUAGUGAUGACAGCAGUGGCAGCUCUUCAGGAAGCGAGGAGGAUGCCCCCUCGGGCCCUAGGCUGGCCCCUUCCACUGUAGAGACCUUGGUGGAGGAGACCCCAGCAGAGUCCAGUGAGGACGAGAUGGUGGAGCCAUCCCAGUCUCUCCUCACAGAUUACUCAGCCUCCAAGCUGACUCAGGCCACUCCCUCAACUCCCAGAGCUGCUCCUGGCAACAAGAAGGCCAUGGAGCCCCAGCCGGGCACCUCAUCCUGUAAGUCAGGUAAAAGAGAGGCUAAUACCACCCCUCAGAAGGCCAAAAAGGUGCCCAAGAGCCCCCAGGCCUUAACGCUGAGCCAGCAGAACAACAUGGCCUUGCACCUCCUGAGCCAGCCCCAGGUGCAAGCAUCCGUGAUGAAGGUCCUGGCAGAGCUUUUUGAGCAGGAGCGCAAGAAGGCCAUGGAUUCCGCCAAGGAGAGCAGCAAGAAGGGCCGGGGAGGGCAGAAACGGAAGCUGUCGGGAGACCACGCGGCUACCGGGGCCCCUGAGAGCAAGAAGAAGAAGCAGCUGGCCCCCAGAGAAGAUGGGGAGGCCACUCAAAAGGGAGCAACCCCCAAAAAGACCGCCUCCCCACAAAAGACCCCUGGGACUGCCAAGGGGAAGCCCAAGAAAGACAGAACCAGCACCGAUGGCAAGGGAAAGAAGGGGAAGGAAUCUCCCAGCCCUCAAAACGCCAAGGAGAAAGUGGAAGGGGAGCAGGGACUGGCGAAGGUUGAGAGCAGAGGCCCAGGCAACCCGAAGAACAAAAAGGAGAAGACUGACAAGAAAAAAAAAGACAAGCAAACAAAGGAAAAGAAGAAGAAAACUAAAGAGGCCUCAGCCUCAACCAGAGAGACCGAUUCACCAUUACAGGGGAAAAAGAAGAAAAAGAAGAAGAAGGCGGAGCCAGCAGUCUGAGAGCGCAGGUGACAAGGAUUUCUUUGCCUCUGUCCACCAGGAUCUGAAGUUCUACAUCACACCUCCCUCUGCCGAGCCCAGGAACCCUGCAGGGAAGCUGUUCCAGGAAGAGGGGUAUGCCUGGCUCCCAGGAUCCCCUCGCGUGACCUCUGUUCUGACACGGGGCACUCCGUAUAGAUGUGUACAGUAUAUAUUUUCUCAAGUUAUCUGCAUCUCCCAUUCUGGACUCAACACACCCUUGUCUGAGGCUGUGCCAUUUGCCCUGUGGGCACAGUGGACCCAGCCUGCAACUCCUUCCCUGCCCCAACUCCAGCUUGGGCUCUGUCCUUUCAACAGUUUUUACCUACUUUGUGUCUUUUGUAAGAACUCAGAAAAUAAAAUUUUAAAAAAAAAAUUUAAAAAAAAAA